AUGGACCCCCUUCAAGCUAUGACAACAAAAAGGCCGGGACUUCAUAUACAAGACAACUCUGGUUCUCCAGCUGUUUCCAAGGAACCAACAACCCUCGUCGCAACUUAUCCCAUAGCCUCACAGAGCACUCUGAACAUUGAGAGCAACAACAACGACAGUACUGUUGAACUUCAAGCUAGCGAUGCGGCAAGUGAUCAAACACAACAGCCAUGGAUCUCAUAUUCCAGUGAAUUGGGGAUGGUGGGCUGUUUUGCCCUUAUGGCUAUGAUGGUUUCACUGGACGCCGUGAUAUUGGUCCCAGUUCUACCUGAUAUUUCCGAGAUAUACCAUGUCAAACCAGCCAAAGGCGCUAUUUGGCCCAUUACAGUCUACUUCCUGGCAAAUGCGGCAUUUCAACGGGGUUAUGUUGCUAUGACGAGUAUAUUCGGCCGUCGAUAUCUGCUCAUGGGAGGUAUAUCUACCUUCAGUAUCGGCUUGAUACUUCUCUCCGCGGCACCGUCGCUCUUCCCAGUGCUCCUUAUUGGGCGUGGCGUCCAAGGAGCUGGAGCUGCAUCGAUGGUAUCAAUUCCACACUUAAUACUGAAAGAUAUGAUCUCCGAUAAACGCAGACCAUUCUACAACUGCAUCAUACUUUCCAGCAGCGCAAUAGGUGUGAGCGUGGGACUGGUUCUAGCAGGCGUCUUCUUGAAAAAGCCAGCUGAUUGGAAAUGGGUCUUCUACGUCUCAGCUCCUUUCUGCUUUCUGCUAUUAAUUUCCACCCCAUUUGCCGUUAAACCUGUUGGCGAGCGACUGGACUCAAAGAUAAGGAUAAUGAAGGUCGACUGGACGGGCAUAUCGAUGUUCGCUGGUAGCAUGGCCUCGCUGCUUCUUGGACUUACGUGGGCAUCAAGUCUCCAAAGGGAGUUGAAGUGGGAAGUACUUUUGGCGCUUGUUGCUGGGGCUGUUGGAAUGAUAGCUACGGUCCUGUAUGAGAGAUCAGGUGCAUCAAGACCUUUUCUGCCCCUUCAUAUUCUCAGGAUCUCUCCUGUCACGUAUUUCUGUGUCUUUAUCCAGAGUAUUGUGAUGGCUGUACAAAUCAUCUAUAUCCCGGUUUACUUGCGAAGAGUACAUGGUUUAUCUCCUACUUUGGCCGGGGCUAUCCUUAUUCCUAUGGUUUCAACUCUCUUCGUGUCCACUUCUCUGGCAAGUCUAAUACCUGCAAAGCUAUGCCACUUUUGCUGGAUACUUUGGCUUGGUUGGGCUUUGAAUAUCAUAUCAUCUGCUAUUUUCACUACUUUCGACACCAGUACAAAACGCGGAGUCUGUGCUCUUGUUACCCUUGUCACUGGUCUGGCCCACGGAUUGACAAUAUCUGCUACCCAUAGAGCAUUCCGAGAAAUGUCAAACUCUACAACUGCUCGAGAUGCAUCUCUGAUUGCUGUUUUUAUUCGAACAUCUGGAUUUUGUCUUGCCAUUGCCGGUGCUGAGUCAGGGUUUCGUACUAGAUUGGCGAUUCAUAACUUUCAUUCGACGAUACCGCGAAUAUAUGCCUUGAGCUUUGACGACUUGAUGCGUAUUCUGACAGCUUUGGCUGGGUUUGGGGGCUUGCUAUCUUUGUUUGUGGGAUGGAAGAAGAGGAGAGGAUGA